AUGGUCGUUACAAGAAACGUCAAAAAACUUCAGUUGACGUUUUACCCUGAAGAGGAGAAUGAGGAUGUCCAGCUCCCCCAUUGUCUUGUGACUUGUUGUUCCUUGGAGGCAUUAAUGUUGGAUUUUAAUUAUCGUGGUCUAAAGUUGCCUAAUAUUAUGGGGUUUCCUGGGCUUAAGGAUAUUUAUUUGGCCUAUGUUGACUUGAGAGACGACAAUUUGGUAAAAGGUUUUCUAGAAAGCUGCCAUUCGCUUGAGUAUCUGGGUUUGUUACACUACAUGCUAUGCAAACUUGAUCUUCAUUCUAUUUCUCGCCCGAAGCUCAAGAAGCUUAACAUUCUUAAUGUGGCCCUUAUUGAUGAGGGCUAG